AGGCAGUGCUGGGAGACGGACGACGCCUGCAUGUGGGUGCACGCUCCGUCAGGCGAGUCGUGGUUCGAGUACCGCCUGGUUGCGUACAUAGACUUUCCGCUGCGACAUUGCUUGGUGCCUCUGCACGAGCGGGACCUGAUCAUCAAGUAUCAGCCCGUCUUCACGGAGCCCCACCGCGAGAUCGGACCGCAGGGAAAGCAUUAUGCGGUGGUGCGGACGCUCAGCAAGAUCUUGGCGUUCUACAUAGAAACAAUCUUCGAGCUGCUCCGGGUGAGCAACUACGGGUACGGAUUCAUCAUAGAGCGCGCUCUGUCCGAGUUCAACGAUACCGAGCACGUCCAUGAGCUUCCUGAAAGGCCAUGGUGGGCCCGGAGAGUGUCCGUGGACACCAAGAAUUUGUGGUUGCCCGCGGGCGGGAACCAGACGGGCACGUUCUUAGUCGCCGUCUGCAGAGUGCAGGCUGGCGUCUCGCUUAGAGAGCAGUGGAUCGAGUACCUGAUGCAGCAGUUUGCCCCAGGGAUCCUGAAGAACAUCAGGGCUGGCGCAGAACUGGCGAUGCAGGCGGGCAGCCCGUGGAACCAGCGGCUGAAGCGCGACGCGGACGGCUUCUACAAGGAGUCCAC